AUGAUAAAAAAAUUUUUAAACAUUGUAUCUAAUAAAAGAAUAUUAAGAAUAAUAAAAGAGAAUGAGAAAUGUGAUUAUAAAUUAAUAGGAUAUAAAAAAAACUUUAAUUGCUUUCAUACAAUUAAUGUAAUAGAUGAAAAUAAGGAAAAUAGCUGUUUUACUAAACAUAAGUAUGUUGAUUUCUUUAGAGAUGAAACUAGGAAUAUUGGGAUAAUAACCUUCAAAAAUAUAAAUGAUAAAAUAAAUAUUUUUCAUGAAUUUUUAGAUGAAUUAAAAAAUGUAAUAGAGCAUAUAAAUAAUAUAAUUUCUAAUGAAGAAAAUAAUACUUUUUAUAUAAAAGAGUUUAAAAAUAAAGAUAAUUACUUGAUAAAAAAUAUAAAAAAUAGAAUUCCUUAUUAUGAUAAUAAGUUAAAAAUAAUAAUUAUUAAUAGUAUAAUAAAUGAUAAUACUUUUUUAAAUUCAUUAGAUUAUAAUUCUUAUUUAAAAAACGAUGAAGAAACAAAUUCUAAUAUAUCAAAUUCUUUUAGAUACUUAUGUAAUAAUAUUCAGAAUUUACCACUGAUAACAAUAAGCAACAUAAACGGAUUAUGUAUAAAUAGUGGAAUAGAUUUAAUAUUAUCUACUGAUUUUAGAAUCUCAAACGAAAAAAGCAAAUUUGGAUUUGAUAAAACUUAUAUUGGUUUAUUUCCUUAUGGAGGUAGUACUCAAAAACUAUUUAGAAAUAUUCAAAUGAAUUAUUCUAAAUAUUUAUUAUUAACAAAUCAAGUAAUAAAUGCAAAUGAUGCACUAAAAAUGAAUUUAAUAGAUGUAUGCUUAAGAAAUAAUGAAAAUUUUUUCAUAGAUAAUUCUAAUGUUUUUUUUGAAAAUAAUUUGUCUCAUAAAGAAAAAUUUUCCAUUUUAAAAGAAAAUAUAAUAGAAUAUUUUCAAGAUAUUUUUAAGAAUAAAACAUUUGAAAUGAAAAUAGAUGAUGACAGUUUUAUAUUUACCUUAUUUUUUUCUUUUCAAUUUUUAUUCAUUCCUACUUAUAUUUUACAAAAUACGAAGUUAAGCAUAAAUGAAGGAAUUUCACUUAUUGAUGUUAAUUCUUAUUUAGACUAUGAUAAAAAUAUUUUUGAAAAAAACAUAAAUUCUUCUCAACGUUUAGAUAUUUUAAAUUAUAUCAAAAAAAAAAAAAAAUAA